AUGAUCGUCUUAUGGAUUACAGUGUUCUGGCUUCACCGGGGAUAUUCUCUGGUUCCAGUGAAAACUGUUCAGGUUGGUGAACCAGCAACUUUAACAUGUGCUAUACCCAAAGAGCUGAGCAGUAGAGGAGUCAAAUGGUACAAACAGAGCGUUGGGGAUAGUCUUAAAUUAAUACUUACACUGAUCAAAUCUACAGCUGAAUAUGAUCCUGGAUUUUCUAGUUUAAGAUUUCGAGUAAAUGAUGAUGAGAAUUUUACCAGCCUGACCAUUUUGAAGACAGUUCAAGAGGAUGAGGGACUCUAUCACUGCGUGAACACAGAAUGGAUUGGAACUACAUGGAGUGGAACAUAUUUGUUAGUAAAAGGAAACACUCAGAGGACAUCAAACUAUACAGUCAGUCAGUUGCUGAUAGAACCAAAUCCAGUCCGUCCAGGAGACACAAUGACUCUCCAGUGUUCAGUCUUCUCUGACUCUGAGGACAAGACAUGUCCAGGAGAUCUCAAUGUCCUCUGGUUCAGAGCUGGAUCAGAUAAAUCUCAUCCAAACAUCAUCUACACUCACAAAAACAGACGUAAUGAAUACGAGACAAGAUCUGAGACUCAGCAGAGUUGUGUUUUUCGCUACUCUAAGAACGUCAGCUCCUCUGAUGCUGGGACUUAUUACUGUGCUGUGGCCACAUGUGGGGAGAUAUUAUUUGGAAAUGGAACUACACUGGAUAUUCAAGUGCCAUCCACACAGUCAGGAUUUAUUCAGAUGACCAUAUUAAUAAUCUGUUUGGCCAUUUCUGUCACUGGAAAUAUUUUCCUCAUCUGCAACCAAAGAAUAUGUAAACAAUUUAAAGGAGCAGAACAUUGUAUACCAGAUACACAAACUGACAACUUACGGCAGACGACUGUAGUUGAUGAAGAACUAAACUAUGCUGCGCUGAAUUUCUCUGAAAGAAAAACAAGAGGAAGAAGGAAGAGAGAGUGUGCAGAGGACAGUGUCUACGCUCAAGUUAAAUGCUGAUGUUGACGACACUGUUGAGCUGUUGAGCAAAAAUUUAAAAUGAUCCUGACAUCUUGUUACACAUCUUAUGUUUGUAAAUC